CAAAAACUCGGUUAAUGUCAGGAUGGCAUCUGAUGAUGUGAGACAGCUCGCAGACUCGCUGGCUAAAACUCAAGUCACCGAAGGAGAACUGAGUUAUAAAGGACGAGGACUCAAACUAGACAAUGCACAGUCUGUGGAUGAGAUGGUGAAGGAGAUUGUGAAGUUUGAUGGUCUGCGGGCGCUCAGACUGGAGGGAAACACCGUUGGUGUGGAGGCUUCACAGACCAUCGCUAAAGCCCUGGAGAACAAGAAGGACCUACAGUGCUGUUACUGGAGUGAUAUGUUCACCGGCCGUCUGCGAGCUGAGAUUCCACCUGCGCUGGUCUCUCUGGGUGAAGCGAUCGUCACGGCCGGUGCUCGGCUGAAGGUUCUGGACCUGAGCGAUAACGCUUUUGGACCUGAUGGAGUUAAAGGUAUCGAGAAGCUGCUGAAGAGCACCGCCUGCCACUCGCUGGAGGAACUGCGUCUGAACAACUGCGGAAUGGGCAUUGGUGGAGGAAAGAUUCUGGCGGAGGCUCUGACGGUGUGUCACCAGGAAUCGACUGCAGCUGGCGCUCCUCUGCGGUUGAAGGUUUUCAUCGCCGGCAGAAACCGACUGGAGAAUGAUGGAGCCACAGCACUUGCAAAGGCGUUUCAGCUGAUUGGGAGUCUGGAGGAGGUGCACAUGCCCCAGAAUGGAAUAAAUUACCCAGGAGUCUCUGCUUUAGCCACGGCUAUGCAGCGCAAUCCUCAGUUGCGUGUCCUCAAUCUCAACGACAACACCUUCACCAAGAAAGGAGCUAUAGCCAUGGCCGAGGCACUGAAACACUUAAGGAAUGUGCAGGUGAUAAACUUUGGUGACUGUCUUGUACGUUCAGAAGGAGCUUUUGCCAUCGCAGAGACUGUGAAAGAAGGACUGCCACUGCUAAAGGAGUUGAAUCUGUCAUUUGGUGAAGUGACUGAAGACGCUGCUCUGGAGGUGGCUCGAUCAGUUCAACACAAAGAUCACUUAGAAAGACUCGACUUGAACGGUAACUGUUUAGGUGAAGAAGGUUGUGAUAAACUUCGAGAGCUCACAGAAAGCAUGAAGUUGGGUCAGAUACUCGGAUCUCUGAGUGAUGAUGAGGGAGAGCCUGAGGAAGAUGAAGAAGAUAGUGAGGAUGAAGAUUUGGAGGAGGAAGAAGAAGAAGAUGAGGAGGAGGGAGAAGAGGAUGAAACACACAAUGAAUCAGAUCUGUUUCAAACUCCACCGUCAGCACCUCGACCCCCAGACGUCUCCUCUUUUCUCAGUUUUCCGUCUCCAGACAAACUCCUGCGACUCGGAGAAAAGAGAAGCUCACUUAUUCAGCAGCAGGUGGAUGUUCAGGAUGUAAGCAGGAUAGCAGAGGUGUUUCUGAAGAUCUCGUCUGUAUAUAAAGAGGAUGAUGUUCAGGUGAAAUCAGCUGUACUGGAGAGUAUCGAUGCUGUGAUGAAGAAAGCUUUCUCCACACCUUCAUUUCAGCCCUUGAUUUUUGUCUCCUCAUUACUGGUGAUGCUCGGACUGCUGAAGAGUGAAGAUAAGUUAAAGCCGGUGAGGGUUGUAUCAGGACAUCUACAGUGUUUGGAGCAUGCAGUAAAACAGAGUUAUUUUCCUAAAGAACACAUCACAGUUCUCAAUGCUUUCAUGUCCAGACAGAAUAAAUCACUGGAGUCAUGCGGCAGCGCUCGAGAUCGACUGAAAUCCACACUACAGAAACUCACAGCAGAGAGCUAAACACACAAUCACACACACAAACAAUUAUACACACAAUAAUGAUUGUGAACACAUUUCUGUAUUCUUCUGUAUUUUAAGCUGAAAUGAUUUCAUAGUAAUGUUAUCAGAUUUUCAUGUGUUUAUUACCUCAUCUGACUCCUGAUGCCUUAUGCAUUGACUCCAUUCAUUGUGGAAAACACAUUUACAAACAGUAAAAGAUCUUUGGAAAAAGAAAAAAACUUUCCUUGACCUUUUUCCAUCUGCUUAUAAUAAUGUGUUAGAUAAGUAAGAUUAGAUAUUGUAGUAAGACAUGGACACAGUUAUUAAAACAUAAUGGGGUGGUUUCCGGACAGGGCUUAUCCUUUAGUCCUAGAAUAAAAUGCAUGUUUGAGGUGCUUUAAUUUAAAAACAUCUUGCCAUAUCUUAACAUAUAUCAGUGCUAUUAUUUUGUCUUCAGAUCCACAACAGUAUUGUUCUUUUGUAAGGUUUGUUUGUAAAAACUAUUAAAUGUCCUAAUAUAGCCUAACUAAGACCUAGUCCUGGAUAAGUACAUUUACUAAGUAUAGUUAAAGUGUUUAGUGCACUUUUUUCACCUGGUAUAUAAAACCCACACUUGUUAGAAAAACAUUUUUAAAGCUGUGAACAAAACAUCACAAAGCAGUUUAUUUAAAUUAUAUGCAGUGUUUAUUCACAAGUUUUAACAAUGUUUCUCUUUUGUUAAAAUGAUCCUUUGUCACAUUUGUCCAAUUUUUAAUUGCAGAUAAGCAAACAUUACAAUGCAAUCUUUGUUAAAUCUAUUUAAAAGUAUAGUUUUCGACAAAAAAAGUUAGAAAUAUUUUAGUUAAGUCUUUUAGUGUUUUCUAAAGAUCUACAGACAUUAUUACAACCACAAUAACAAUGAAUAUUAGUUUUGUUUUUGCUGUGUUAGUCAAAAACUUACAGCAUUUUUAAAUGCUUGUCCUGUGUUUUGACUGAAUGUGUGGUUGAUUGUAUAGGUUUUGCAUUUACUGCAUGCAUUUCUGCAU